AUGUCAGAGGAGACAAAGGCGAUCAUGAAGACAGAAGGUUCGAAGCCGGUAGUUUCAGCGUUCCAACUGGCACCAACCAAGAACCCUGGCGCGAUCAUAGCGCAAGUUCAAUUUAACGGAGACAACUUUGAUGAGUGGGCUCAGGCGGUGCGGACUGCACUGCAAGUCAAGAAGAAAUAUGGUUUUGUUGACGGAACUGUCUCAAAACCGAGUGAAGAUGAAGCCGACUAUGAAGAUUGGUUAUCGGCGAAGUCGAUGGUGACACUUUGGAUUCUCAACACAAUAGAUCCAAAGGUGAGAAGAACUCUGGGAAACAAGGAAGAUCCAAAGGAGCUUUGGAUGGAGAUCAAAGAUCGUUUCUCUGAAGCAAAUGGACCAAGAAUUCAAGAGAUUAAGGCAGAACUUGCUCAUUGCUGCCAAGGAAAUAUGAGUGUGAUUGAAUACUAUGGGAAGCUGCAGAUGCUGUGGGAAGACUUGGCAAAUUAUGACAAGGUCAUAGCUUGCAAAUGUGGAGGAUGCUCCUGCAAUAUCAACGUCGAACUGGAGAAGAAGAAAGAGGAUGAUCGAAUUCAUCAAUUCCUUCUUGGACUUGACACGGCCUUAUAUGGAGGAGUAAGAACUUCGAUCAUCAGCAUUGAUCCUCUUCCAAACAUGAAUCAAGUAUACUCAAAAGUGAAGUCGGUGGAGCGAGUGAAUACUGUCAUGAGAGGAAGGGAACAAGAGAACACACAAGUAGCAUUCGCAGUCCGAGGAGGACAACACACGAGUGGGAAAGAAGAAAAGGGAAAGAUGGUGUGUUCAGUGUGUAAGAAAUCUGGACACACAGCGGAUACUUGCUUUCAAGUGAUCGGGUAUCCUGAGUGGUGGAGUGAGCGACCUCGAGGCAUUGGAAGCUUUGCACGAGGAGGAGGUCGCCAAGGAACCGGAAGAGGACGUGGCGGUAUGGCUCGUGCAAACGUGAUGGUUGCACAAGAUGGAGCCGAGUCGAGUGUGGAAGCUGAGAGGAGUGGCUAUACAGGGUUAAAAACGAGCAAUGGGGGACACUCGUGA